AUGGAUGAGGGCAAUUUUACUUACCAUGGGAGCAGAAAUUUGAAAAUAAGAAGCCACGACGAUGCCACCUGGAUUUUGACAAGCGCUUUCAUCAUUUUUACCAUGCAAUCAGGUUUUGGAUUGUUGGAGAGUGGAUCGGUAUCAGCUAAAAAUGAAGUUAACAUUAUGGUAAAAAAUGCCGUGGAUGUUAUUUGUGGUGGAUUGACCUAUUGGAUGUUUGGUUAUGGUUUUAGCUUUGGUGAUGAUGAACCUUACACAAACCCUUUCUGUGGUUGGGGAAAAUUCUUUGUCAAAGCCAGCGAAGAGGAGCUGGGAUGGGUCUAUUCUAAAUUUUUCUUCCAAGCUUCUUUUGCAACGACUGCAACUACCAUUGUAUCGGGCGCAAUGGCAGAAAGAACCAAGCUAGAAUCGUAUAUAGUAUUUUCCAUGCUCAAUACAUUCGUCUAUUGUUUUCCGGCACAUUGGAUAUGGGGACCUAAAGGUUGGUUGCAGGAAAUGGGUGUUAUUGACAUUGCUGGAGCGGGACCUGUCCAUAUGGUCGGUGGUUUAUCCGGCCUGGUAGCAACGAUGGUUCUCAAGCCACGUCAUAACCGAUAUAAAAAGAAAAAGAUGCCUCAGAUGGGAUCGCCUACAAAUGCCUUAUUGGGAAUGUUCAUGCUUUGGUGGGGAUGGUUAGGAUUUAAUUGUGGCAGCACAUUUGGUAUUUCUGGUCUAAAAUGGAAACUUGCAGCAAGAUCAGCAGUGUCAACUAUAUCAGCUUCUACUGCAGGAGGAGUAGUUGGCCUUUUAUCAAGUUAUAUAGUAAAGAAAAGAACGUUUGAUGUUGCCUAUCUUAUAAAUGGUGUUCUGGGAUCUUUGGUAGGAAUAACAGCGACAUGUGCGAUGGUUCAUCCAUGGGAAGGAUUAGUGAUUGGUCUAAUUGGAGGUUCGGUGACAAUAACUGGUGUAGCAUUACUUGAUAGAUUUCACAUUGAUGAUCCUGUUGGUUGUGUUGGAACUCAUGCUCUUGGGGGAGCUUGGAGUAUGUUGGCUGCUGGGUUGUUUGCCAGAAGAGACACUUUUGCAAAAGAACUUCAUCUUGAUGCUGUUCAAAAUGGACUUUUGAAUGGAGGUGGUUUUUACCAACUUGGUGUUCAAACAUUAGCUGUUGUGACUUUAACAGUGUGGACAUUAUUUACAUCAUUCUUUUUCCUUAAAAUUAUCGAUCUCGUGAUGGGAUUACGGGUCCCUUUAGAAGAAGAAAUUCUGGGUGCCGAUAUCGUGGAACAUGGUAUU